GGGCGCCACGCUUGUCAGCCUGUGCUUCGCCGCCGGUGCCUUGCGAGGACGCCGCUCGAGGAAGCCAUGGAGGACGCUGAGUUAAUCGAAUACUUUAAGUCUCAGAUGAAAGGGGAUCCUAACAUGGCCUCGGCAGUCGCUGCCAUCCAGACGUUGCUGGAGUUCUUGAAGAGAGAUAAAGGAGAAACACUCCAGGGCCUGAGAGCAAAUCUCACCUACGCCAUAAAAACCCUCUGUGGUGUGGACUCCUCAGUGGCCGUGUCCUCCGGAGGGGAGCUCUUCCUUCGCUUCAUCAGCCUCACCUCCCUGGAGUACUCUGACUACUCCAAAUGUAAGAAGAUCAUGAUUGAGAGAGGAGAGCUGUUCCUGAGAAGAAUAUCCCUGUCGAGAAAUAAGAUUGCUAAUCUGUGCCAUACUUUUAUCAAAGAUGGGGCGAGAAUUUUGACUCACGCCUACUCCAGAGUCGUCCUAAGAGUCCUGGAAGAAGCCGUGGCAGCCAAGAAACGAUUCAGUGUGUAUAUCACGGAGUCGCAGCCCGAUUUAUCUGGUAAGAAAAUGGCCAAAGCCCUCUCCCACCUCAAUGUCCCUGUCACUGUGGUGCUGGACGCGGCUGUCGGCUAUAUCAUGGAGAAAGCAGAUCUUGUCAUAGUUGGUGCUGAAGGAGUGGUAGAGAAUGGAGGCAUCAUUAACAAGAUUGGAACCAACCAGAUGGCCGUGUGUGCCAAAGCCCAGAACAAACCCUUCUAUGUGGUUGCAGAAAGUUUCAAGUUUGUAAGGCUCUUUCCACUCAACCAGGAAGAUGUCCCAGAUAAGUUUAAGUACAAGGCAGACACUCUGAAGUCGGUGCAGACUGGGCAGGAUCUCAGAAAGGAACACCCAUGGGUGGACUACACCUCCCCAUCCCUCAUCACCCUGCUGUUUACGGACUUGGGUGUGUUGACCCCAUCUGCUGUAAGCGAUGAGCUCAUCAAGCUGUACCUAUGAGCUGAGUCCUUCCUGCUGACAUGCAGGCAGGAAGCACGCCGUGUGCAGGAUGCGCAGCCUCUGCACUCCAGCCAACCAGGGGCCGAGACCGAGUCGGACAUCACAUGUCCUGAGGAAUCCUUGACUUCUGCUCUGUCACAUCUGAAGCAUGUUCCCAGUUGUAGAACCAAGCUGAGGCACCCUGACAGUUUUCAGAAACCCAGUCUCGGGAAGGACAACUGAGAUUACCAAUGGCUGCAAUCCUGAGGACAGGCGGCACACGAGGAGCAGGACCCCCUUCUCAUAGCGCACUCAGACGGCUGAGUACAAACCUUACGGUGCCUCACAAGGCAGCAAACACCGGCUGACGGCAUCUGGAUUCGGGGCUCCCCUCAUCAGGCUCAAGGCAGACAGGAGAAAUUCCAACGGAGGAGCCUUUCCGGCGGCACUGCUUGUGUACACACGUUGUCUGUACAAAAUCCGAGUUUACUUUAAACAUGUUUAGAACCCAAACAGCUUUUUAAAGUUAAAUGUGGAAACAAAUCAGGAUCUUUUCAAAUAAAUUAUAUGAACAAUUUA